UACUACACAACAGAACCACCCUUCUCCCUACUUAUACUGGAGGGUGUCAAGGAGGCGGACGCGGGAGUCUACCGGUGUAGGGUAGACUUCAAAAUAUCUCCUACUAGAAACUCACUUGUUAACUUAACAGUUAUAGUGCCGCCACGAAAACUAACUCUACUCGAUGCCGUGGGAGGCACCAUCCACACCUCCUACAUCGGACCUCUUCAUGAAGGCGAUAUUAUCAAGCUGUCGUGUGUGGCGACUGGCGGUCACCCAGAAGCCGGAAGUGAGCUGGUGGCGGGACGGGGUGCUGGUGGACGACUCCAGUGAGGUGCUAGCUGGUCGACGGGUCCGGAACAUCCUCAGGAUAGACGGUGUGGGCAGAGAAGAUCUAGGCAGUCGCCUGACUUGCCAGGCUACUAACAGUCCUCAGCUAACCCCACUCACUGCAACGGUUACCGUUGAUAUAUAUUUAAGGCCGAUAGAGGUGAAGUUAGUCGGCCUGAAUCCUCCCCUAAGCGCUGACCAAGAGCACGAGGUAACGUGUAGAAGCGCAGGGUCCAGACCACCUGCCACCAUCACGUGGUGGAAGGCCGGCAAGAUUCUUAACUACCCUUCCAAAGUUACUACUAGUGGGGAAGGAAACAUAACAACAAGUGUUGUGACGCUUCGAGUGUCGAGGAAGGAUGCAGGAUUGCCUUUAUCCUGCCGAGCAGCUAAUCCUCACGUUCCUGGAAGUGCUCUGGAAGACUCCUGGGUUCUUGAUGUCAACUAUUUACCAUUAGUGAACGUCAAACUGGGAAGCAACAUCAAUGCGUCCUACAUCAGGGAAGGGAUGGAUGUUUACUUCGAGUGUCAAGUAGAGGCAAACCCUCGGAUACGGAAACUUAUUUGGAUACAUAAUGGAAUGAUGGUCUACAACAAUGCCAGCACUGGGACAAUCAUCACUAACCAUACUCUCGUCCUCCAGUCCGUCAGCCGCAACAGCUCAGGCCUGUACUCGUGUGUUGCUACCAACUCUGAGGGAGACGCCGAGAGUAAACCAUUCGACCUCAACGUCAAAUUUGAGCCGGAAUGUCUGGGCAGCCAACAGCGGGUUUAUGGAGCUGCCCGUAUGGAAGAGAUCUCCAUAACGUGCGAUGUGGAGGCUAAUCCUCCAGCAGCAUGGUUCCACUGGAGUUUCAACAACUCGGCGGUGCGAGCCAGAGGAGUAGACUCCUUCCAGAGUGUAGGAGGGGGAGGCCGCAGCGUGGCCCGGUACACUCCUCUCUCUGACGGUGACUACGGGACCCUGCUGUGCUGGGGCCGCAACGAGCUAGGGUCCCAGUAUCUACCAUGUGUCUUCCACAUUGUUCCCGCUGGUAAGCCAGAUCCGCCCUACAACUGCACUGUAGUGAGUGUCAGUCUAAGUACGGUCAAUGUGAGCUGUGAGCGGGGGUUCGAUGGUGGCCUUCCCCAGGAGUUCCAGGCAGAGGUCACAGUGCGAGGUCGUCUGGUAGCCAACCUCACCAACAGAGAUGCUCCGGAGUUCAGCCUACUGGAGCUGGAGCCUGGAACUGCGUAUGACGUCACGGUGUUCUCCAGCAAUGGCAAGGGUCGCAGCCAGAGAGGUACUCACGUGACUGCCGCCACGCAAGACCCUGGAACAACACUUCUGCCAAGCAGAAUAGCCGAUGAGGAGAGCCUAGUGAACGUGGAAGAGCUGGUGCUGUUGGCUCUAGGAUCAGCCCUGGGCGUGUUGUUCGUGUCGGCAGUGGUGCUGGGGCUAAUGAGGGUGCGGCGACCUCCACCUCGACCAGAGCAGGAUAAGAAGGUGACUCAGAUCCUCGCAGUGGCCACACCCUCCUCCAACGUCGACGACGACAGGAAUCCCGACGUGAUUCCUCAGAAAGAUGUCGAUAGCUCAGUAACUCAAGAUAUAGAAUUGCGAGGUGAAAACCCAGCACCGAGUUGGGAGACCUCGAUUUGUGUAACACCUCUCAAUCCUUAUCACGCUCCCAGACACAAAGGAAUGAAGGCUCCAGGAUUGUGGGAAGGCACUCUAUGGUCCAAGGGUCAAGACCUAAAUGCCCUUCGUCACGUGGAGACCCAGACUCUCCAGCACUCAAACAGACCAAAGGAGAGUGCCGUUUAGCAGGUGGUGAAGAGCCCAGGCGGCUUCGAUCAAACAGCGGUUUGAGACUUCUUCCACCUGAUACAUGCAGUGCCUUUCCGCAUUUCCCUGGAAGCGACGAGGUCGUGGAGGUGAUACAAUCAACGACUCCCGACAACUUAACACGCUUAAAGACUAAAGUUGUAGGCCUAAGCAGUCAUUGUUACUACCAACGCUGAAAUGAAAUGAACUUAUCGAUUAAUCGUGCAUGUCAGAGUUUAAUAAUCGUUUAAUACAUGUCGACUGUUCUCAACAACCUCAUCUUCCUAUUUAAUGUAAGAUAAGCUCAGUUGUACAUAGUACGAAUGUUGUUUGUUGGAGACCCAGUUUUCUGCUAAAACUGUUGUUUAAUUAUUCAAACCCACUAUCUAUUUGUUAUUGUAGAAUAAUUUUUAUAUCUAUAUUUUUAUACUAUGCGUUAAUAAAU